AUGGCAGCGCGGAAGCGGAAGGCGCCGGCGAUGGCGGCGGGCGGCGCGGCGCUGUGGCGGCGGCUCUCGGCCUGGCUGCCGCGGGGCCGCCUCGGCCUGGCCGCGCUGCUCGGCCGCCUCUCCGACCGCCUCUCCCGCGGUCGCGACCGCCGCGCCCGCAGAUCAUCAUGGCUCCUUCUAGCCCCACUACUCAGCCCUCCUGUUCCAGUGGUCACAGCCCCACCGUGUUCCCUCUGUCCAGAAGGAGCACACAGGUUCCAGUGGAUCAGGAAUCUGGUCCCAGAGUUUGGGAUCUCCAGCUCGCAUGUCAAGGUGCUUUCAUCCCCGGCGGAAUUCUAUGAACUCCUCAAGGUGCAGAUCAAAGCAGCCAAGCAGAGGGUGGUGAUGGCCUCGCUGUACCUGGGAACAGGAAUCCUUGAGCAGGAGCUGGUGUAUUGCUUAGAAGAAACACUGGAGAAGUCACUGCAAGCAAAAGGCUCACCCGACCUCAGAGUUUCCAUUCUCCUCGACUACACCAGGGGCUCCCGGGGCAGGAAGAAUUCCCGAACGAUGCUGGUCCCGUUGCUGCAGCGAUUUCCCGAGCAGGUCCGGGUGUCCCUGUUCCACACCCCAAACCUGCGUGGGCUGCUCCGGCUUCUGAUUCCAGAGCGUUUCAACGAGACCAUCGGGCUGCAGCACAUCAAGGUCUAUCUGUUUGAUGACAACGUGAUCCUGAGCGGUGCAAACCUGAGUGAUCUGUACUUCACCAACCGUCAGGACCGCUACGUCUUGCUGCGGGACUCUCCCGAGAUUGCAGACUUCUUCACGGAGCUUGUGGACGCCAUUGGAGACGUGUCCCUGCAGCUACAGCAGGAUGAUACAGUCCAGAUGAUGGAGGGAAUGGUACACCCAUACCAAGGAGACAAAGUGGCUUACUGUGAGAUUGCCAACAGGAGGGUCAUGGAGGUCAUCAACUCUGCCCGCACGCGGCAGGAGCGCCUUCACGCAAAGACUUUCCACAGCAGCCAGCCAGGCAGCUCCCUCUUAUCCCAGCAAGGCUCUCAAGCACCUGGGAGUCUGAAACCAGAACCCGACACCUGGAUCUAUCCCUUAAUCCAAAUGAAACCUUUUGGGAUUCAAAUAGACGAGAUGGUCACAGAGACCCUGCUGACAGAGGCUGAGCGGGAUGCCAGGAUAUACCUCACCACUGGCUACUUCAACUUGACACAGGCCUACAUGGACCUCAUCCUGGGCACGAGGGCCGAGUACCGGAUCCUGCUGGCCUCUCCCGAGGUCAAUGGGUUUUUUGGUGCCAAAGGGGUGGCAGGUGCCAUCCCGGCUGCCUACGUUUACAUUGAACAUCAGUUUUACAGUGAGGUCUGCUGCCUGCAGCAGCAGGAGAGGGUGCAGCUGCAGGAGUACUCCCGUGCUGGCUGGACGUUCCAUGCCAAAGGCCUCUGGCUGUACCUGGCAGGGAGUGACCUGCCCUGCCUGACCCUGAUUGGCUCUCCGAAUUUCGGAUAUCGAUCAGUUCAUCGGGACUUGGAGGCUCAGGUUGCAAUAGUGACAGAAAAUAAAGCCUUGCAGCAGCAGCUGCAUCAGGAGCAAGAGCAGCUUUACCUCUGCUCAGGUGUGGUCUCAACAUCAACGUUUGAGCAGCCAAGUCGUUAUGUGAAACUGUGGGUGAAGCUGGUGACACCUUUGAUCAAGAAUUUCUUUUGAAAGGAGAGAAGUUGCUGCUUUGGGUUGAAGGUCCAGACGUAGGUGGGCCCUCGCGUCCGCGUCUUGUAGACGGGGCACUCGUAGACGUUGAUGGUGUCCAUGCGGUCCACG